AUGGGUGCAGAAUGUGGCUAUCUGGAUGAGCUCGACUGCGAUAACAUACAGGCUCUUGAGCGGCAUAUUGCGCACCUAGAGAACCACAUAGCGAACCUGGAGGACCCCUCCCUCGCGCCCGUCACCCUCCAUGACCCCUAUGAGCAAUUCCAUAGGAUGCAGGGACCGCACCAGGGUUCAGUUCAACGUCACCGCCUCUCCGAGCUGUCUCUGCGCGCACUCGCAUGCAUUGAAUUUCGGCUUCUUCCUUUUAUGCGCACGUUUAUACUGCCUGGACAAGCUCUUCAGACUGAUCAUUCUGCCGCGCUGCUCAACGCAAUAUACUUGGUGGGGGCACAUUGCUCCAAUGACCCACAGAUGCACGGGUUACAAGCGGAGUUACUCACCUUGACGUUGGAGCACCUUGCUGUGGGCUUGAACAACCCAACUCCCACAGCCAUUAUGCACGCUCUCCAGACAGAAGUGCUGCUUGCCAGCUACUUCUUCUCUAAUAAUUGCGCGCUUGAGGGCACGUACCGCGCCAAUGCCGCGGCUGAUAUGGCGCUUGCCUGCAGACUACACGUAAUCGGGAGCUUAUGCGGUCCCACGAGUGACGUAUUGCCGAUCAGCAUACCGUACAGGCUUGCAGUGCCCGCCAAUGUGGUUGAGAUGGGCGAGUGCAUCAAUGCAUUUUGGACGGUAUAUGCUCUUGACAAGGCCUGGUCAUUUGCAUUAGGGUAUGCUUCGGCGUUCACAGACGACGAGAGAAAGGGGACUGAGAUCGAUGUACCAUGGCCAUUGACUGUCCAUGACAAUAUGCCUGCGAGCCUGCGCACAGUCAAAGUGUUUGUAUAUGGCGCCAGUCCUGCGCAUGCUCAGGAGAGUUGGUUGGCGCUUCACGCAAAGGCCAUAUCGCUCAUGGAACAUGCGACUCGAACAGCGAGCUUGAUUUCCGGAGGCGAGCACUUGCCUUAUCAUUCCGAUCAGUCUCGGGAUCUCUAA